GUAAGCGAUAUGGCGGAUGCUAAGGCAAAAACGCCAGCGAAGACCGCUGCUGAGGCUACCAAGAAGGGUCGUCCCCGGAAUUACGACCUUGGAAAUGGAAUUUAUCGGUUCAGCAGAACUCGCAUGUUCCACAAGAAAGCUAUAUACAAGUUCCUUGACAAGAAAACUCCAAAGACUGUCAAGCCCAAGAAGCCAGUGACGAUCGAGAAGAAAAUUAAUGGUGAGAAGAACGGAGGCACUCGUAUCGUUCGUCUUCAGAAGAGACGUGCAAAUUAUCCAACAACUGAUCCAGUGACAGUUCAUCAUGCCAAGAAAACAUUCCGUGAUCACUCACGUUAUGUACGACCAACAUUGACACCUGGAACAGUUUGCAUCCUCUUGGCAGGACCACACAAGGGCAAACGCGUUGUUCUUCUCAAGAUUCUCAAGAGUGGACUUCUCCUUGUCAAUGGUCCAUUCCUCAUCAAUGCCUGUCCCCUUCGUCGUGUUAGCCAGAACUACGUGAUUGCCACUUCCACGAAGAUCGAUUUGUCCGGAGUGCAGCUCCCACAGAACCUCAACGACGAGUACUUCAAGAGGAAACGUGACAAGCGUGCCAAAAAGGAGGAGGGUGACAUCUUCAGCAAGAAGAAGGAGGAGUACAAACCCAGCGAUCAGAGAAAGUCUGAUCAGAAGAUUGUCGACAAGCUCAUCGUCGCCGCUAUCAAGAAACGUGAAGACAAAAAGAUGCUCUUCACCUAUUUGUCAGCAAUGUUUGGACUUCGCAGUAGCCAAUAUCCACACAGAAUGAAGUUCUGAGCUGUGUCAUUUUCCACAUAAUAAAAACUGAAAAAUCAUACA